CUGUGUGUAAUCGUUUUUUUUUAUUCGGUUUCUUUUCUUAUUCCGUUCGUCUUGUAUUCGUAAUAAAAAUAAUUAAAGUCAAUGGAGAUGUGAUUAUUGCAUACUUUGCUAACAGAACGAAUGUCGGAAACAUGUCAGCUAAACCCAAGAACAUAUUUACUCGCAGUAAACCAUUGCUAAACAUUUACAGCGGAGUAGAUCAUGAAGGCAAACAAGUGGAAGUGCGAGAAGAUGCCGAGCAGAUAGUGAAGUGGCACGAGAUAGCGGACGCGCUGGUGGCGGCGGGGUACUACCGAGCACAGCUGCAGGGCUUGUCGGCCUUCGACAAGAUCGUGGGCGGCCUCACCUGGUGCAUCGAGCUGUGCGACAUCGACGUCGACGUCAGCCUGCUGUUUGAAGAGAACCUCACUAUUGGCAAGAAGAUAGCACUAACUGAAAAAAUAGUGAAGGUGCUGCCGUCCAUGAAAUGUCCUCACACAAUAGAACCUCAUCAGAUACAGGGUUUGGAUUUUAUAAAUAUCUAUCCACUGGUGCAGUGGUUGAUAAAGUAUUCCAGUGAGUUCAGAGAGGCCAAAGAGGAUGAAUUGAGGAGGUUUGCUGUGAUGCAGUAUGAAAAGAGUCACAUUUUUGAAUCAGAUAGAGCCAGAUUUAAUCAGAAACAAAAAAUGAUACAAAAUUUAGCCUGUGUCCAAAAUCUGUACAAACCUUGCCGGGUGCGUAAGAGGAAGGGUGGCCUCCCGGCAAAUGAACUAGAACAAGUGAAUGCUACUCUUUCAGAGUACGACCAGAGAAUGCUGAUGCAUGUCUCCACUAACAAGGAGGAGACCAGCAAAGAUGAAGGACUGGAUUUCUUGUAUGACUAUGAAAAGAUGCUGGCAGAUCCUUCUAAAAUUACAACAGAAGCUGAGAGAUACAUUCAAGAUACAUCCAGUAAUGAUUUAGGGGAUACCAAAAUUCACUAUGCAGUUUUACAAUCAGAAAUCACUGGAGAAGUGUCUAAAGAACUGGAGGAAUCUGAAAAACUAAAGUAUUCUGAGGAAGUAGAAAAACUUUCCCAAGCCAUAGACAAUAUGGAGAGGGAGGCGGGAGAGAGCAAGCAGGCACAUCAGAGCAGGAUGGAGGAUGCUAAGAAACAAUAUAGCAAUAUCUUGGCCAAGUUGCAGAAAAUUACAAAUAAAUUGAUGGCAUCAAAUGGCAGUGACAAAGAUGUGAAGGAGUUCUACAAAACACUGAAGGAAUUAGCCAGAGAAAGAAAUGAAAUGUUACAGUUGAUCAAACACAGGGAAAACGAACACAAAAAAUUGGAAAAUGACCUAAAAACUUUGAAAGACCCCAAUGUACAAAUAGUAGAAGAGCCAUUAACGCCCGAAGAGCUGAAAGAAUUUCAUGAAAGGGAAGAGAAACUAAAGGCUUUUAUCACUAGCUUAAAGCUAGAGCUUGGGAAGCUCAACAGGGAAGUACUGCGGUACUCAGUGGCUAUAGACGAGGUGCCCGGACCCGCAGAACUAUUGCAGUAUGAGAAGAGGUUCAUUGAACUUUACAAUCAAGUGGCCUCCAAGCACAAGGAAACGAAGCAGUAUUACAUAUUUUAUAAUACUCUUUAUGAAGUUAAACUAUAUACCUCAAAGGAACUUAGUUUAUUGAAUUCCAUUAUAGAUAAUUAUGAAGAAGCCAUGUCUUCAGCCAGAAAGCGGGAGGAGUUUAUGUCUCAAUUCGAAUCUAUAGUCGAGUGGGUGAACCAAACGGUUAAAAAAGUGGAGACAAAAUACCAACAGGAGAAAGACAAGAAGACAGAUCUACACUUGGAGUUCUCUCGCCUAAUGGACGUGCAGCGGCAAUAUGCGGCGGCGCUCAAGAAACUGGCUGACGAACGGAAUAAACUGGGCAGGGCGCGGCCCAGCUGAGCGAAGCCUACAAACGAACGGUAUAACUCCUGUAAAUAAAGAAAGAAUGUGCAAAUGGCGGCUGUUACAUAGUGAGUAAGUAGGAGUUCAACAGAAAUACGAUUACGCUAGAUAGAGAGGAAUGGCUGGAGUCCGUCGGCCGGUUUCCAUGUUGUUUCUUUAUUCACAGACGUUAUAAAGGCUCGCAUACACCAGAUGAGUGGCAGGUACCUACGUCUGACGUCUGUCAUAUAGCAAGAUGCCUGCAGUGUUUAGGAGCCAGGCUUGAUUCCCACUUACGCUGACGUGGAGCGCACUCUCGGCCGUGUAAGUAGCAUAAAACUAUAGUAGUCAGAGACGGCGCUGUGCCAUAGUAUUAUGUUAGAUCGUACUGUCACUUUAACAGAUGUAUUAGUUGUGCGAAUAAAGAAGCAGUAUGAAAAUGGCGGCUGUCAUAUAAGCGGAAGUUGGUAGUUGUAUUGACAGAGCAUGAUUACAGCGAGUCAAAAAUAAGGUAGAAUAUAUCUUUAAUUUUUGUAAUUAUUGUUUCUUUAUUUCCGCUGGUAGUGUGUGAACGUCGCGUCGUUAGCGUAGAAGGAAAUCAAGCCUAAAGGAAGUGCAAUAAUCAACCCACUUUGUUACAAAUUAAAUAAGUAGGUAUAUCUAGUCUAUGAAAUAUUAAUGUUAGAAAUAAGAGGAAGUUUUAAAAUUUUAUACAGGUAACGGCGAUAUGGUUUAUUUAUUAUAUCAAUGAUAGUAUAUAAAGAAACACUGGUUUGUUUUGUAUUUAAAUAUUGUAUUGUUAAGACUGAUAUACAUUCCUAACUAGCACUUUUAUAUUAUUUGCUACAUG